AAAAGAGAUUGAAAGUUAAGCGAUUUAAUCUUUUGGGGUUUGGUUUUUUGGGUUUUUACUUUUUUAAAAAGUGUUUUUAUGAUGGCUGAGACUGAUCAGGGUUUUGAGGGGGACCGGGGGACUGCAACAACUACUAGUUUUUCUCAGUUAUUAUUUGGUGGUGAUGAUGAUUUUGUGGGUCUUGAUCUGGGCCAGAGUUUUAACUACACUUUCUCUUCUUUUCCUGCUCAUGAGAAGACUCCCAAAAUGCUUUGCUUCGGGGGCCAUCAUACUGAUGCUGAAAUAGUGUUUGCCGAAUCUUGCAUUAAUACUACAAAAAUUGCUACCACUCCUCAAAGAUCCGGGGUCACGUGCAGUGAUUCUUCCUCAGCUUCUUCCGGUAACAACAGCAAAUCUGUCAAGGCUCCGGCCAAAUCUAAUAGAAAGAGGAAUGGCGAUCGAGAAAAGAUGCAGGGCACGGGUGCCAUUGAUACAGCUCAACCGGCAAGCCAAAGAGCCAAUAAAAGGUCCAAGGUCGAGAACCCCGCCUCUUCGACCGGCCAUGCAAAGGUGAGGAAAGAGAAGCUAGGGGAUAGAAUCACAGCAUUGCAGCAGCUAGUUUCACCUUUUGGCAAGACAGAUACGGCAUCAGUGCUCCAUGAAGCGAUGGGUUAUAUCAGGUUCCUGCACGACCAGGUUCAAGUCCUGUGCUCUCCUUACCUGCAACACCUACCGAACGGUGGAGAGAGCGGAGGUGAAGAAUCAAGGAAGGACCUGAAGAGCAGGGGGCUAUGCCUGGUCCCAGUUGCCUGCACUGCACAUGUGGCGAAUACCAACGGUGCUGAUUUCUGGUCGCCAGCUAUGGGAAACAAUGCAAUAAAGCAGUAAAUCAUUUCCAGCUAGUUUCGAAGUAUACUUUUGCAUAUGGUUGCUACUUUGCUAAGGCCUAGGAGCUAAGCAGUGCCUUCUCAAAUUGUUGUCUGAAGAGAUUUUGACAGCUCAUCUUGAAAAGAAUCAUCAAAGGGGUAAAAAGGAGUUGAAAAAACAGGAACAUGGGAAAGGUAACUCCUGAGUCAGAGAUACGGGGAUUCAUGGAUGUAUAUUAUAUAACUAUUAUAAAAAAGUGAGUCCUUUUUUGGUUUUAUAGAAUUGACUGAACGAAUGGAAUAGUAGAAAAAAAUGGAAUGGGGAAAGAGAAUGGCCAAAAGCAAAGGGUAUCUUUUUCAUUUUGCUUUUUGGAAGCACCAUGUGGGUUCUUGGGCUUGGGUUGGCAUUGGCAUGGGUUCAACUUGUAAAAUCUUCAAGGCUUUAAUCAAUUACCAAUGCAAA